CGCGCGACCCUGCCCGUGAGCAAUCUGCCAUCUCAUCUCUGUCAAUGAUUGCGGAAUGCUUGUAAACACGUGUAUUUGUUUUAACAAUUUAUAUAAUUCUUUGUUAUCAAUACAGCACAAUGGUAAAACCAGGAGGUAAAAUUAAAUAUCCAGGCAAAGCCCCAAUUGACAAAGAGAAAUUAGCAAAGCAUGAUAGAGGAGAAGGAAUUAAUUUAAAGGCUAAGACCAGUAGUGUUCAAACUAGAGUCCAUAGACAAAGACUGAGAGUAAAAGAACGAGUAAUAGAACAGACAGUGGAACAAGCUGCACGUACGGAAGUAUUGCUUACAGAAAACUAUGGUUUCCUAGAUGCUGAUGCUGGUGAGACAACGACCCAAUUCAAACAAAGCGAAAUUGCUUCUAGUGUUGAUAUUACAAGCGCUAAAAAGCAUUUUAGAUUGAACUUACAGUUUGGUCCCUAUUAUAUGAGGUAUACUAGAAACGGAAGGUAUUUAGUUUUGGGUGGAGAACGAGGACAUGUUGCUGCGUUUGACUGGGUCACAAAAAAAUUAAUGUGUGAAAUGAAUGUAAUGGAGUCCGUACACGAUGUUACGUGGUUACACAUAGAGACAAUGUUUGCUGUUGCUCAGAAGGAUUGGGUAUAUAUUUACGACAGUCAAGGAAUUGAGAUUCAUUGUUUAAAGAGAAUGAAUGGAGUGACAAAGUUGGAUUUCUUACCUUAUCACUUUUUGUUGGCUAGUGUUUCUAGAGAAGGAUACCUCGCAUGGUUGGAUGUAUCCAUUGGAGAACUCGUUGCUCGAUAUAAUUCAAAGAUGGGAAGAUUAUCAGUAAUGACACAAAAUCCAAGUAACGCAGUUCUGUGCGUUGGGAAUUCGAAAGGUGUCGUUUCCAUGUGGUCACCAAUGUCUCAAGAACCGCUAGCGAAGAUGCUAUGUCAUAAACAAGCAAUUAGUGCCUGUGCAGUUCAUCCACAUGGAACUUACAUGGCCACUUCCUGUCCUGAUCGUUCCGUAAAAGUCUGGGAUGUACGACAAUUAUCGGGGCCAGUGCGUACUGUCAUUCUACGUUCACCAGCCCAUCACUUAUCGUAUAGCCAGCGUGGAUUACUGGCCAUCGCAACUGGCAAUGUUGUUGAAACCUACAGAGAUUAUGAUAAUUCUAUCAAGCCGUAUUUACGUCACAGAGAAUCUUGGAAAGUCACAGGAAUGCAAUUUUGCCCAUAUGAAGACGUUUUAGGCGUUACUACCGAAAAAGGUUUUGUUUCUUUAUUGGUUCCUGGUUGUGCAGAAGCGAAUUACGAUGCACUUGAAGCAAAUCCAUUCCAAAGUAAACAGCAGAGACGUGAAGCUGAAGUAAAAGCACUUUUAGACAAGAUUCAACCGGAAUUGAUUACUCUUGAUCCAGCCGCUUUAGCCGAAGUUGAUGUUCCAACAUUAAAAGACAAAGUAGAGGCAAAGAAGAAACUUUUGUAUAUUAAACCGAAAACGAUUGACUUCAAACCACGGAAAACAAAAUCUAAAGGCAAAGGUGGAACCGCAAAAGUGGUUAAAACUAAAAAGAUCUUAAAAGAGCAGCGACGAAAGGAAGCCAUUGAACUUGCACAGGAAGUUAAAUCUAAUGAAUUGGUUGAACAAAAGAAGACCAAAAGAAAAAAUUUCGGCGUGUUGGACAGAUUUCUACCGAAAUAAAAUGUAUCAUUUUAAUUAUUAUAUUUCAUUUUGUGUAUACUUCAUAAUAAAACAGA